CAUAUAGGGCAACUCCUGCCUGGUGUGUUUACUCUGCUCCUUCUACUCGGAGCUGUUAAGGCGUUUCGGGGAAGCAACAGGCGGACCGAAGAAAGUCUACGGAGUCUGGAUAUUAACCCGGUGUCAAGGCAUCGGUUAGCCUAAUUAAUGAGAGAGGGGAGUGUAUAGUCCGUCUCUAAAUGGAACUACUUUGGUUUUCCGCUUUUUGGUGUGGAGCGAUACUCUUUGGUAGUAUUCCGCUCGAGGAGGCGGAAGCCUCUAUAAUGAAGCCACGGAGCCUGUGCAAGUUCUGUGAUGUGCGGGCCACCAGCUGCACAGGUAAAGGGAGCUGCAAGGUGGAGUGUGAAAUCACGUCCAUCUGCCCCCAUGACGAUGAUGUGUGUGUCAGUAUCUGGAGGAAGAAAGAUGACAAUAUCACCUUUGAAACAGUUUGCCACAACCGAUCUCAGACGCUGUAUGGCCUGUCCCUGGAGGAUUACAACAACACCAAGUGUGAGAUGAAAGAAAGAAAGGACAUGGGCUCGCAGUUCUUUAUCUGUUCCUGCUCUGAGGAUGAGUGCAAUGAGCACAUCUUCUUUAACUCCUACAUGGAUUCCCAGGUGGUGGCGGUCAUCUUAGUGAGCCUUGUGCCUCUGCUGGUUAUGGCUGUUGUGGUCAUCACUUCUUUCUACUGUUAUCGGGUCUAUCGCCAGCGGCAAGCCCGCUCCAGGCGCAAGAAGGGUCUUCCUCUAGACUUCAGUGAUGCUCACGCCAUCAUGAUAGACGACGAAGGUUCCGACAGUAGCUCCACACACGCCAACAACCUCAACCACAACACAGAGCUGCUGCCCAUUGAACUGGAUGUUCAGGUUGGAAAAGGACGCUUUGCAGAAGUUUACAAAGCCAAGCUUAAGCAGGGCUCCUCAGUCAGCGAGGAGCAAGGAUUUGAGACAGUGGCCAUUAAGAUUUUCCAGUACGAAGAGUACGCCUCCUGGAAGAACGAGAAAGAAAUUUUCUCAGACGCUGACUUGAGACAUGAAAAUGUGCUUCACUUCCUGACAGCAGAGGAUAGGAAGGUGCAGAGACAGUGCUGGCUGAUCACAGCCUACCAUCCAAGAGGAAACCUGCAAGAGUUCUUGAUCCACCACAUUAUCAGCUGGCACGACCUGUGGCUGCUGGGGGGUUCGCUGGCAUGUGGAGUGGCGCACCUUCACAGUGACCACACCCCCUGCGGUCGCUACAAGGUGCCUAUUGCGCACAGGGACAUUAAGAGCUCCAACAUACUUGUGAAAAGCGACCUGACCUGCUGCCUGUGUGACUUUGGCCUCGCACUCCGCCUGGACAACGCUCUGUCUGUGGACGAGUUGGCCAACAGUGGGCAGGUGGGUACAGCCAGGUACAUGGCCCCGGAGGUCUUGGAGUCUAGAAUCAACCUAGAAAACAUUGAGUCUUUCAAACAGGCUGAUGUUUACUCCAUGGCUCUUGUACUGUGGGAGAUGAUCUCCAGGUGUAACGCAAUUGGAGAGGUGAAAGAGUACGAGCCACCCUUUGGGAACCUGAGAGAACACCCGUGUGUAGAGAGCAUGAAGGACAGUGUUCUCCGAGACAAAGGAAGACCUGAGAUCCUUGACAGCUGGAUCAACCACCCAGGCAUCCAGAUGGUGUGCGCCUCCAUAGACGAGUGCUGGGACCACGACCCGGAGGCCCGUCUGACAGCCCAGUGUGUUGCCGAGCGCUUCGACGACAUCGAGUACCUGGACAAGCUGUCUGAUCGCUCUGACUCAGAGGAGAAGAUCCCUGAUGAAAUCUUAAUGGUGGAUGAGAAGUAGCCCUCAACAGAAACAGUGCCCCUACCAGGGCGGCAGAGAAAGUACAACCAAGCAGCUGGGAAAGAAAGAAAUUCCAGUGGAUGCAGUGUUUGCUAUGGGUUUGUCAGAAAUGUGUGACAGAGUAGCAAACUGGUAAAUCAAGUAGAUGAACUGAUACCAGAGAUGGACUUCCAUGUACAGAUCAGGACCAAAGCAUACAUAUAAACACCAGGGACCGACUUGAUUCGUUUUCUUUCAAAGACCGAAUCAAGUCACACACAAACAGGGAAUUUACAUUAUAAAGCUUUUUUAACCAAAUACUAUUUGCACUUUAUCAAUAUCUAUGCACACCAAAUGUUAUAUUUUCAGUCUGUCUUUUUUGUUCUGACAAUACAUGUCAGCUAUAGGAAAUAAAGGGACAGCACAUGUUUAGAAAAGAGAAUAAAAGGGAGUAAUGUAAUAUAUUAAGACAGUUAAUAACACUAUCCCCCUUAUAGUUUAUAUGACCGCAUACCUAAAUAUUUUCCUAGGUGGCAUAUAAUUCUGCAUGACUGGAGUCAGGGUGCAAGUAUAAUUUCUUGUGCGUGAAAUGGA